AUGGUGAUGUUCCGUUGCGGAGGCAAUGGUUUGACUAAGAUCCCCAAUGUGGCACCAUACUACCAAGGCAUGUGCAUUUUUAAAGGUCGGCCUUGUGUAACAUACCAAACUGGUCGGACUGUGAUGAUUGAAUCAGAUUUGAGCGUUGAUUUGGUGGCUGAGCCUGUGUUUGGUGACGAUCUCAAUGGCGACAUUUACAUAAUGGUGGAAAAUGAGUCUGAGUUGUUGCUUGUUCACAACUAUGAAGAAGAUUAUGAUAGUGAUGAUGAUUAUGAUAAAUAUGAGCCUAUUGAUGCGUUUAGGCUUGACCAGAAAGAGAAAAAGUGGCUGAAGUUGGAAAAUUUAGGGGAUACGGUUUUGUUUUUGGGACAAGGCUAUUCGUUUGCUAUAUCGGCGUCGGAUUUGGGUUUUGACAAUGGGAAUUUUGUGAUUUAUUGUAACUAUAAUCGUUACGAAAUCAGGGUUUUUCCCUUGGAUCAACACCGGACUUUUCUUUUGUCCGAUUAUUCAGAUUAUUUCAAGUUGUUCUGGCCACCUCCGGAGUGGAUCGCCAGUAGGUGUAUGUAA